CUGUCCGUGAAGGCAGCACCGGAGCUCCAGCAGCAGCAGCAGCAGCAGCAGCGUGGACAUGUCGGACCCGGCGGCUCAGGCCUUACAACCCCGGCUACUCCAAGCCCAGUCGGCGGGCUCCAGCACCGCCGCGACGGGCUCCGGGACGGGCAACAGCGACCCGGCCAGACCCGGACUGAGCCAGCAGCAGCGGGCGAGCCAGAAGAAAGCCCAAGUCCGGGCUUUCCCGCGGGCGAAGAAGCUGGAGAAACUUGGCGUCUUCUCCGCAUGCAAGGCCAGUGACACUUGCAAGUGUAACGGAUGGAAGAACCCGAACCCUCCAUCGGCCACCCGGAUGGAUCUGCAGCAGCAGGCGGCCAGUCUGAGCGAAUCCUGCCGCAGCUGUGGACAUGCUCUGGCUGAUCAUGUGUCCCACCUGGAGAACGUGUCUGAGGAGGAGAUUAACCGGCUGCUGGGGAUGGUGGUGGACGUGGAGAACCUGUUCAUGUCUGUGCACAAAGAGGAGGACACCGACACCAAGCAGGUGUACUUCUACCUGUUCAAGCUCCUGAGGAAAUGCAUCCUGCAGAUGAGCCAGCCAGUUGUGGAGGGAUCCCUGGGAAGUCCACCAUUUGAAAAGCCCAACAUCGAGCAGGGGGUUUUGAAUUUCGUCCAGUACAAGUUCAGUCACCUUGCACCGAAGGAGAGGCAGACCAUGUUUGAACUGUCAAAGAUGUUCCUGCUGUGCCUAAAUUACUGGAAGCUCGAAACGCCGAAGCAGUAUCGGCAGCGCACUCAGAAAGAUGACGGGACGGCGUACAAAGUGGACUACACCAGGUGGUUGUGCUAUUGCCAUGUCCCUCAAAGCAACGACAGCCUGCCGCGAUAUGAAACCACUCAUGUGUUUGGCCGCAACCUGCUCAAGUCCAUCUUCACGGUGACCCGACGGCAGCUGCUGGAGAAGUUCAGAGUGGAAAAGGAUAAACUGCUGCCGGAAAAACGAACUCUGAUCCUCACACAUUUCCCCAAGUUCUUGUCGAUGCUGGAGGAGGAAAUCUAUGGAGAGAAUUCACCGAUAUGGGAGGCCGACUUCACCAUGCCGGCCUCCGAUGGCUCCCAGCUGGGACAUCAGACAGUGAUCAGUCCUGCUUCCGUUUCUGGUUCUCCUGCUCUGUCUAAAUGUCUGAGCAGCAGCUCGUCUCUGGGCAGCAUCGACGCUGGAGGUGUGGAGCCCAUCACAGGGGAAAAGCGUAAACUUCCCGAGGCGUUGACGCUGGAGGACGCCAAGCGGAUCCGAGUGAUGGGCGACAUCCCGAUGGAGCUGGUUAACGAGGUCAUGAUGACCAUCACCGACCCUGCUGCCAUGCUGGGACCUGAGACGAAUCUGCUGACGCCAAACGCCGCCCGCGAUGAGACGGCCAGGCUGGAGGAGAGACGAGGCAUCAUCGAGUUCCACGUCAUCGGAAACUCUCUUUCCCAGAAGUCCAACAAGAAGAUCCUGAUGUGGCUGGUCGGCCUGCAGAACGUCUUCUCCCACCAGCUACCUCGAAUGCCCAAAGAAUACAUCACACGACUGGUGUUUGACCCCAAGCACAAAACCCUCGCCCUCAUCAAAGAUGGCCGCGUCAUUGGAGGCAUCUGUUUUAGGAUGUUUCCCACUCAGGGCUUCACGGAGAUCGUCUUCUGUGCCGUCACAUCCAACGAGCAAGUUAAGGGCUACGGUACCCACCUGAUGAACCACCUGAAGGAGUACCACAUCAAACACAACAUCCUCUAUUUCCUGACGUACGCCGACGAAUACGCCAUCGGCUACUUCAAAAAGCAGGGCUUUUCCAAAGACAUCAAAGUGCCGAAGAGUCGCUACCUGGGCUACAUCAAAGACUACGAGGGAGCGACGCUGAUGGAGUGCGAGCUGAACCCGAGGAUCCCCUACACCGAGCUGUCGCACAUCAUCAAGAGGCAGAAGGAGAUUAUUAAGAAGCUGAUUGAGAGGAAGCAGAGUCAGAUCAGGAAGGUUUAUCCAGGACUCACCUGCUUCAAGGAGGGAGUCCGACAGAUCCCAGUGGAGAGUAUUCCAGGAAUACGUGAGACGGGCUGGAAACCCAGUAACAAGGACAAAGGCAAAGAGGUGAAGGAUCCUGAUGUUCUCUACAACAUGCUGAAGAACCUGCUGGCUCAGAUAAAGACUCAUCCUGACGCUUGGCCCUUUAUGGAACCGGUGAAGAAAUCAGAAGCUCCAGAUUAUUAUGAGAUCAUUCGCUUCCCCAUCGACUUGAAGACGAUGACGGAGCGACUGAAGAACCGAUACUACGUGACCAAGAAGCUUUUCAUCGCCGACCUGCAGCGGAUCAUCACCAACUGUCGUGAGUACAACCCCCCAGACAGCGAGUACUGCAAGUCCGCCAACACCCUGGAGAAGUUCUUCUACUUCAAAUUAAAAGACGGGGGCCUGAUCGAGAAAUGACUCGCACAGCUGCCAAACACCACGACGAAGCAGAGCACGUGGAAACGAAAGAUGAAUCUUAGGAAAUGUUGGAUUUCAAAAUAAAAUGUCAGAACCAGUGGAGCGAUACAAAUGUCAAAAUGGCGUCCUCUGACAUUUUUCCACUACUCACCGAGGGGGAAUAAUGCGCAUAUACACGUUUCAUUGAGUGUACCAAAGUUACAGGUCCAAGUUUUAACCGAUACUACUCCUUCCUCCAUUUAUUUAUAGUAUGACUGAUCCGGUUUUGUCGCUUUUAAGGACAGUUGCUCAUUCCAGUUUUGUCAAGCUUAGAGCCGACGUAUAUUUAAACGGACCUCGGGACCUAAAGCCACGUUGCCUUCCAUUACUGACGGACACUUGAACAUCCAGCCAUUUUCAUGUGUAUGAAGAGAAAUGUUCUAAAGUCGUGACGGUGAAAGGUUUGCUGAGCAGAAACUAUUUAAUCAGUCAUUCGGUGUGAAAAGAAUCAAAAGCAGCUGCUCGUUUAUGAAGUGCAGGUUUUCAUCUCUUGCUGUUUUGCUUUCCGGUGAUCAUUUGUUUGAUGUUCUUUUGAUUGUUGGUCGAGAAGAAAAAAAAAAGUGGUUUCUGCUAUCUUUUUUUCUUUACUCCAAACAAGUGACUGAUUAUGAAAACAGCAUGACAGGUAAUCGUUGGAUGGAGCUGCUAGUAAUGGACUGAACGUUAAAAGUUUUCCCAUAAUUUCCACAAAUGUUGCUUUUGUUGACAACGUAAUCGUUAUUUAUGCAUAGAAAUAUAACACAUACUGUUUAUGCACCAUUCCACUGGCAGGGUUUUAUUACAAACCUUAUAACUAGAGGACACACUUAGUAUAGCUCCUACCAAGCUUGGAUAGUAUACAGCAGAAGUGAGUACACACCUGUGCAAAAUCACUUGAACGGCAAAUUGUUUGAAAGGGAAUCACUUCAUCGAUAACUGCAUUAUAUCACAGCUGAACUAAAGAAUGUUUCCUCCUAUGAACAAACAAAAACAAAUGCUUUCCAAAGACCAUAUUGAAAAUUCAGGCUCCGAAGUAGAAGUCGAUGUAGAAAAUGUGAGUACAGCUGUGAUUUCCAAAGGGCCUAACUGCCUGAACAUGGUUCAAAAAUGAGCUGGGGCAUUUGAGGCUUGCUUUUCACCACAUCCCUCUCAUCUCUCAGCAGUUCUACUCUCUUGUAAGUCUGUUCAUCAAUGUGACGUUCAAGGCGCCCUUCCUCGUCUUCCUCUGCCACGAUGGCCUCUGAUUUUGUGUUCACCUGCCGUAUCUCCUUUUGAAACUCUUCCCGCUCCUUGUCCAUUUUGAUCUUUGGGGGCGUCAACGUUGCGCACUUUGGCAACGUCAGACUAGGCACUUAGUUUGUGAACAGCAGAACUUUGUACAUUUUUGGACCUGUUGGUCAUCUGUACGUCUGCUUCAUGGCUCCACGUAGAAAAGAAUUAGCCGUGGAACUGAACAAUCUGAUCGCAAGACAAAGAUUUCCAAGAUGGAAAAUGACAGACAGGUCAACUGAAAAUCAUGUCAUAGCUGAAGAAGAAGCCAUUAGUACCACUAAUCAGAACCUGCUCCUGAAAUGAUUCCACAGACUACUUUCACAAGUUAGCUCUGGAAAAGAGAUGGCGCAAGAGUUACCAGUGGAAGUCUAGACUGUGUAAUUGACAGUCCGAAACUUCAGAAUCCUUGGACAACAUCUGAGGAAAAACAUCCUGUUUGUUGUUGGGUACAAACCUCCAAGAUGAACGAGAUAAAUUUGACUGGCUCAGAUGGAGUCUACGGUCUUUGGCAUGAACCUGAUCGAGACUGUCACGGUGAAAGCAUAGUCCUGACAGUGAAGAACAAAGUUGGGAUUGUGAUGAUAUGGGGCUGCAUGAGUACAAAAGGUGUUGACAUUUAGAGAACCACAAUGAAUGUCUGUGGAAUAUUCUGGCAAUAUAAUGGAAAAUUACUAAAAAAAUAUUGUGAGGUGAUUGAAUUUAUAACCAUUUUUAGCGGUGUUGCACAAGCAUGUACUCCCAUCUGUUGUACACUGUAGGCGUUGGCACUGAUUUCUGCUGUCGUACUGUGUCUCCCACACAUAUGCUAUGUAGUUAAGUGUUUUUUUUUUUUGUGUGUAUGUGUGCAGCCACAUUUUAGUGGUGUUUCCAUGUUUACCAGGCAAAAGACCCAAACAUGGUGGUUAGAAACCAACCAGCAGUCCUCAAACCGAUUCUGGCUUUCAGAAGAACUCUAUUUAUCUCACCGCACACACUAGCUGUAGUGUGUGUUGAUGCAUGGCACACAAUUUACAGUUUGCAUUAAUGACGCAUCCAAUUUUUAGCAGGUGUUAUAUUGGUGUAAUUUUUUUACAAACGUAAUUGUUUUUUUGUUUUUUUUGUUCAUUCAUUGGACGUGUUUUUGUUGAGCGGUCAGUGUCAAAGUGCUUCCUGAGAUGCAUCCGCUUGUUUCUGGAAGCUACUGUCCAGUGCUGGUUGAGCCUGCUUGUUGAAUGUUUCGUUGGUUUGCGUGGGCGUGACUGUGAGUGGAUGUCUGUUUUUGUACUUGAAUCAUGACUAGCUUUGAACUGUUGAAGUGAUGUCAUUGUUGCAUUAUUCAGGGUUUGUCAGUUUGCGUAGUUCACCCUCAAAUCUACCUAAUGCUGCAUUUCAGAUUCUCUCUAAAGGUCAGUCUGAGUGAACCUUCCAGCUGUUUGAGGAUGGCUACCGUCAAGUUACGGUAUAAAUAAUAUUUACUGUAAUACUGUUCAUGACAAUAAAGUUUUUUUUGUAAACA